GUGAAUGGCAAAGAUAGAUCUGCGCAAUAAUGCUGCAGAUGCUGGAAACACCGCAGGUCAGCCAGAGUCUGAGUUGGGAUAAUGCUUCAGGACAAUAGACCUGAGACCAGGGAAAAUUCAGGGUAAUAAAUGUUUUUAAAAAUUGCAGCGAGGAAAGGGGGAAGUAGAGAAGUUGCAACGACAUUUUAAAUCAGCAAUGACAUAGAGUGUCCAUGAUUUGGUAAAUCAAACCUCUCGCUCACGGUGAGCAGCGAACUUGCUCCCAGGCUGAACCCUUGUAACCAAGGCAACACAACCAUCAAACCUGCGGCAGCCCAGAGCCGCUCCUGCGCGAAGCAUCUCGGGACUUGUUGUUCAGGCCCUCCUAUCAAGUCCAAGUCAGACCCACUCAAACAACAUCAACCGCCAAACGCCAGGGCGGAAGGUCCUCUGGAUGAACACUGGGAUGCUGCAUCCUUUGCUGGGAUACAAGAGAAGGGUCUCGGCCCGAAACCUUUCGUUAGACCUUUUCACGGAUGCUGACUGACCCGCCGAGUUCCCACAGCUCUUCGUGGGCCGUUGAGCUUGCGAGGCUGCAUUGGGGAACUACACUACCCAGGGGGCGCAGCGCGCAGACCGGAAGCUGGGCUGCCGCUAGUGGUGACAAUCAGCUGCGGCCCCGGCAGGACGGUCCGGUCGGAGCAGCGCACGCGUCUGUGAAGUUUGUCCUUGUUAACCUGAUACCAUGUCGCAGUCUGCAAGGUUCAGAGUGUUCACUCUCAAUUGCUGGGGAAUCCGCUACCUCAGCAAGCUCUGCAGGGAACGCUAUGAAAUGAUCGUGCAGUUAUUGAGUCAGGAGAAGUAUGAUGUGGUCCUCCUGCAGGAGGUAUGGAGUGAACAGGACUACCACUUCUUGAGAUGCAAGUUGACAAGUGCCCAGCCAUACUCUGUGUACUUCAGAAGCGGCGCAAUAGGAAGCGGACUGUGUGUUUUCUCCAGAUACAGAAUAACUGACUCUUUCCUCUACCGCUACUCCCUGAAUGGCUAUCCUUAUAAGUUGCACCAUGGCGACUGGUUUGGUGGGAAGUCCGUUGGCCUGGUCAUUCUGAAGGUCCAAGGGAUCAUCGUUCAUGUUUAUGUGACUCAUCUUCACGCAGAGUAUUGCAGGGAAAAGGACGAUUAUCUCCCUCACCGUUUGCUGCAGGCUUGGGAGCUGGGGCAAUUCAUACGCCACACAGGCAAAACAGCAGAUGUCACCAUUUUGGGUGGAGAUUUGAACAUGCAUCCCAGUGACCUGGGCAACCGCCUGCUGCAGUGCUACACAGGGAUGAAGGACUCGUUUGUAGAGACCGAAAAGUUUGAGGGCUCUGAGGGAGGAUGCACCCUGCAGACUCAGAACUGCUUUGCCUCCGUCGGUGACUCUGUUUCGUUCCCUUCGGGCAUUCGCAUCGACUACGUCCUCUAUAAGGGAUCAAAGGGAUUCCCUGUGAAGUGUGAGCACCUGAUGACCACGAGUGGCACGGCUCCUGGGAAAAACAUUCCGUAUUCAGACCAUGAAGCUGUGUGCGCCACUCUGAGUGUCCAGAAAGAUGGGGAUGCUGUCACCACGCUGAAACAUGGAGAAGAGACAAAUCCACAGUUGGUGGACAUUCUGAAUGAAGUUCGGGGAGAAGUGAAAGUUGGCAUUCAUGGGGCAGAGAAGAUGCGCUACUCUUCAGGCAGGAUGGCAGUCCUGGGAUUGUUCUUGCUGCUAAUUGAAUGUAUCAUGGCGAUUAUACCCCUGGUCACCACCACAGCAGAGAACUCGUUCCCUAAGGUCUCCUUCUACAUUCUGGGGAUGGUGGCAUUUGCUGUGACGUUGCUUGCCGGAAUCCUGUACGUAUUCCAUACGAUUGAGGUGAAGAUGUUGCAAGGAGCAGAGGACCAAAUGAGGAAUACCAUUCAGGCUCUGCAAGAGCAACUGGGCGAGUGACGUCA